UUCUUCUUCCUCUUGUCCAAAAUCUAACUCUUCAAUCUGCUGAAUUGAUUCUAUGUAGGUUCACUCCAAUGCAAUCUCCAACUACCUCUUCAAUUUUGCUGUAAGAAAUAAGGACCCAAAUAUUCUUGUAGUCUCAUCAAAUAUGGAUGUGGAGAGGUGGGUUGGAUUUGUUGAAUUGAUGAACAAGCCAGCUAUAAUGGAAACAUUCGUCGACAUUUUGGUUUGCGUUGUACCGAUUUGGGUUGCCAUCAUGAUAGGCUUGUUGAUCGGCUGGUCAUGGCGACCUCGUUGGACCGGACUUGUAUUUUUAGGACUCCGGUCUAAAAUCAACCGGUUUUUUUGGACCGUUCCUCCCGGUUUUGGUGCUCGACGUCUCUGGUUAGCCUUUACUGCUCUUUCCGCAUUCUCUGUUGGUAGGAAACUCUGGUUUAAUUUCCACGGGAGGACACGUAAGCCUGAUUCGGCUUCGGGUUCGGUGUCGGUGGAUCAAUUUGGAUCGUCUUCAGUGGUUUCGGGUCCAGCUCCGGGUCCGAUUUCUUUUACGCAAAGGAACGAUGAUUCCAUCAUCAGAUACCUUGCUAAUCAUGUGAACACAUCCUGGGGAAGUUUAGAGUUGGAGACCCUUGAUUGUACACAUACUUUUCGAGACAUGUUCUGGCAUAUUACUGGAUCGGAAAAUGAGGACAUUGUGACAGAGAAAGAUCUGGAACACUUUCUACAUCUACUAGAUGGCAAAGAUGGAGAGAUGUCAUGGCAAACCAUGAUGGACCGCUCUACUUCAAACUUCACAUACCAAGCUUGGCGGCAUGAACCUGAGAUGGGCCCAACAAUCUACCGAACCAAAACUGUUUUUGAGGAUGCAACUCCUGACUUAGUCAGAGAUUUCUUCUGGGAUGAUGAGUUUAGGCCAAAAUGGGACCCGAUGCUUGGUUAUUUCAAGAUAUUGCAGGAAUGCCCACAUACGGGAUCUAUGAUUAUCCACUGGAUUAAAAAGUUCCCGUUCUUCUGCAGUGAUCGUGAAUAUAUCAUCGGUAGAAGAAUAUGGGAAUCCGGGAAAACAUAUUACUGUGUGACAAAGAGUGUACCAUACCCAGCUCUGCAAAGACGUGACAAGCCUAGGCGUGUGGACCUGUACUUUUCAAGUUGGAUUGUUAAGCCGGUGUUAUCAAAGAAGGGAGAUGGACAGUUAUCGGCAUGUGAAGUCACGCUUCUUCACUAUGAAGAUAUGGGCAUCCCUAAAGAUGUUGCUAAAUUGGGAGUUCGUCAUGGAAUGUGGGGAACAGUCAAGAAGUUGCACAAUGGCUUCAGAGCAUACCAGAAUGCAAGAAAAUCAGAGGCAGUGGUUUCUAGGUGUGCUAUGAUGGCACGAAUCACUACAAAGAUCUCUCUUGAUGAAGGUGUUGAUGCUUUGGAGCAAGUUUCUGGCGAAGAAGAUAGAGCUGUGGAAAUCCAAGGACAGAAGAGAGAUGGUGGUAUUGACUGGAAAUGGGUGGCUAUAGGAACAGUGGCUGUAGUUUGUGGCCUUCGUACAGGAAUGAUAGGAAAAACUGUGCUAUUUGGAGCAGGGCAAAGGAUUGCUCGCAGAGGCAGAAAUGCUUAGUGAGGACACUUUAUAGCAAUUCUACCUUAUUAUUGUUGUAUGUAUUAUUCUUUAUUGGUUUUAACAUUAAAGCCUACAACCAGCAGCGUGGAGAAAAUAAUUACUCCAUUUGCUCUUGUCGACCGUUCCUUCACGGAUCAACAACACUGCGCUAAUGGUGACUUUAUUUGAUUAAGUCGAAGAAUGGCGGUUACCCACAGAAACAGGGGUGGUGCUUGGUUCAGUUUGA